CUGGAACGGGGCUUCCUUUUGUUAUAAAAUGGGUGCACCCGACGCGAGUCGAGCUCAAUCAGUUCGAAGAAAGUCAAGAGUGUUGACGGAAAAUUUAUAGCUCGUGUUGAAAUUUAGUUGAAAAGCCGAAUUAUUUGAAAGUUUGAAGUAGUUUUUGAGGCGAUUCGAUUGAAAAAUCGUUCGAGUGUUGAAAUAGUGAAAUUACGGCGGAAAAAUCGAGUGAAAAGAGAAAGCGGAAAUACGACAUGGGAAAAGAUUUCUACAAGAUUCUGGGCGUGUCGAAGACGGCCAGCGACGAUGAGAUCAAGAAGGCGUACAGGAAGCUGGCGCUGAAAUAUCACCCGGACAAGAACAAGAGCCCGCAGGCCGAGGAACGUUUCAAGGAGGUGGCCGAAGCCUACGAAGUGCUGUCCGAUAAGAAGAAGCGUGAUGUGUAUGAUCAGUAUGGCGAAGAGGGCCUGAAGGGUAACAUGGGAGGAGGAGGCAGCGGCGGAAGUGGCAUGGAUGGUGGAACCUUCCAGUAUCAGUAUCAUGGUGACCCGAGGGCGACAUUUGCGCAGUUCUUCGGAACGAGCGACCCGUUCGGAGUGUUCUUCGGGAACGACGGAAUCGGUUCCAAUGUGUUUUACACGGACAUUGGCGGCGGAGAGUCGGACGAUCCGUUCGGAUUUGGCGGACGAGGUGGAAUGGGUGGAGGCGGUGGUUUCCCUGGGGCAUUCCGGUCACAGUCAUUCAAUGUGCACGGAUCGCCCAACAGGAAGCAAAAGGUUCAGGAUCCACCGAUUGAGCACGAUUUGUACGUAACCUUAGAGGACAUCAACGCCGGAUGCCAGAAGAAAAUGAAGAUUUCUAAAAUGGUCAUGUCGCAGGACGGAUCGGCACGGAAAGAAGAGAAAAUUUUGAAUAUCAACGUCAAGCCCGGAUGGAAAGCCGGAACGAAGAUUACGUUCCCCAAAGAGGGCGACCAAGUGCCAGGAAAAGUUCCUGCCGACAUUGUGUUCAUCAUCCGGGACAAACCCCAUCCGCACUUCAAACGGGAAGGUAGUGAUAUCAAGUACACCUCGAAGAUUUCGCUCCGACAAGCCCUCUGCGGAACGGUCAUCAAGGUGCCAACCCUGUCCGGCGAGAAAAUCACCAUCACCACCGUCGGAGAAGUAGUAAAGCCAACCACAGUAAAACGAUUGCAAGGCCGAGGUCUCCCAUUCCCCAAGGAACCCUCGCGAAGGGGCGAUCUGCUGGUGGCCUUCGACAUCCAGUUCCCGAACCAGCUGAACCAGGGCGCCAAGGACAUCCUGUCCGAUCUGCUCCCAAUGGACACCAGCGCGUAAGAUCCCAAUCUGAGUGCAGUGUAAGGAAAAGAAAAGGCGUCAAACAGCGCAUCAUUUGGUCGGGGGUCGGGUCGGGAGAGAACAUUCUAGAGCAACGGAAAAUACGUCGUCAGUCAGCGCUGUGGCUUGCGUGCAAGUCCGAGCCAGACGUCAGGCGUCACAACACGUACGCCAUCCCCUCGUGAUCAGCGGGUGAUUCUCUCUCGGCGCGCGCGCAUUCUCUCUCUCGGGAGAAGCCCCCUUGUGUAAAAAGCAAAACAGCCGUAAAUCCACGCUGCUUCGAUUCGAGUGCGACGGGCAGCUGAAAGGUGAUGUCAUUGUGUGAGCGAAGCGAUGAAUUGGGAUUUUGUUUUUCGUUUUAAUUUAUUGUCCAAGCUGUACAGCGUAUUUUGAGUUCGUUCAGGACAGGUGCGCGCCUAUUUUGUGAAUGCGAGAGAAGACUGAGAGAUUAGCUUUUAGAAAUAUAUACCUAGAAAAUAGUUGUAACACGAAGAAAUAUCGCAGCAACGUUAGAUAAUGCAAUGAUCAGGAAGAAAGUUUGAUACAAAAAAAAGAACAGUAAUUAGCUAUUGAAUGCUAGAACGUUGUGAUUAUUGCUAUUAUGUGUGUACGUACAUGUUUAUUAGCAAGGGUUUAGCUUUUUCUGUUUAUCAAAACUGUAAAUAGCCUAGAAUUUUUAGGAAAUUCAUACCACAAAGAUUGAUAAAGGUACGUUUUAGUACGUUCGUAAUGUACC